AUGGGUUUGUUCGGAGUCACUUGCAAUAGUCUCAUCAUUUACGCGUUCAAAAAAGACAAAGCAAGCCGCAGCUCUUUCAAUCUCAUUUGUUUGUUCCGGGCGUGCAUCAAUCUCUACGUGCUCAUCACUACUUUUCUGAUUUACUUCCUACCAACCGCUUUUCUGUAAGUGUUCUGAAACCAAUUCAGGCUCUAAAUGCAUGUUCAGUGGCUAUUCGCUUUACAAUCCUGUCGUCGAAGCCUUCCUGAUCAUCUUCUCAAACACGUUUUACCUUGGAAACGAGUACCAGACCAUUCUGGUCGCUGUCAACAGAUUCUGCGCUCUUUUUAAACCUCUCUAUUACUCAAAGUUCUUCGGAUUCCGACCCACUUUAGUGAGACACAAUCAGAAACCAAAGAUCUAAAUGAUCAGAAACCGUUUCAGGUUGCCCUUUGCAUGAUUUACGGCUACCGCUUCGUGUCGCUUUUCAUCCAAUCGUUCUUUUAUUUCAAAGAAGAUACUCCAACAGAUGUCCAGUGUUUCAUAUUUUUUUCGCCUGAAAAGCUGAGUUGGACAUUAACAGAAGACCCGGCUUGCUCUGAAGACGACAAUAUUCUUCUCGUGGUUUCUAUCACUUUCGUCACUGUUCUAUGUUUGAACAUUGCGAUUUUCACCAAAAUCAUACUGUACCAGAAGGUGAGUAAUGCUGACGGCCAAGCAAAUGACUUGUCGAUGUCCGAUCAGACCCAAACUUGCCCAACUAUGAUUCUGGGUUCGGAGUUAUGAACAAAAGUCCAGGUCUUAGUAGGUGAUCGUAAAGCAUUUUACCCAGUUUUUGUGUCAGAGAUACAUUGUUGUACGAGUAGUUUUCCAGUCAACGGCACGAGAAGGAAGAAGGAUAACAUCGGCGGAGAGGAGGAACAUCAUGCUAUUUCUGCAGACAGUGUUGCAGGACUCAUUGUACGUCAUUGACCUCACUUUCACAUUCAAACUGAGCGGACUCUCGAACGCGCGGCUCUGGACGUUCAUCAGCGGAACACUUGUGUGGGAGAGCUUGCAUUCGCUCGACGGGUCAGUCCGUCUCUUCCCUCAUCGAGAAGGCUCUUUCCUUUCCAGAUUCAUCAUGAUUCUCUUCAACGAACGUCUCUCGUUCCUCCGAUCGCUCUUCCGCUCAACGCCGUCGUUUCCCGUUUCUGAAACUGCUCCGUCGGCAGUUACACCUCUUCCGCGAAUCGACUGA